AUGUCAUCAUCAUCAUCAUCAGUAUCUGAUGGAAUUCUCAAAUUUGCUACACAAUAUUCACUUCAUACUGGUUGUAUUAUGCUUAGUUUUGGAAUUAUUGGUACUGUUUUGAAUAUUUUCGUUUUUACUCAACUGAAACUAUUUCGAACCAAUCGAUGUGCCUUCUAUAUAACUGUUGAAUCAAUUUCCAAUUUAGUUUAUCAGUUUUUAUCUAUUAGUUUAAUCACGUUAACAUCAAUAUAUGGAGAUGAUGCAACAGGACGUUCUUCGAUUUGGUGUAAAUUCAGAUACAUAUUGGCACAAAUAUGUGGCCUCACUACUUUUUACAUGAUAUGUUUUUCUGCUGUUGAUCAGUUCUUCUCAACAAAUCAUCGUUACCAUUUACGACAAAUGUGCACAUUGAAAUUAGGCCGAUAUUUUACUUUUGUAUUCAUUUGUUUUGCAAUCAUUCAUAGCAUUGCACUUGGCUCUUCUUAUGGCAUUCAACCAACACUAGGAUGUACCAUAUCGAAUUAUGUAGCAGUUGAGUACUCGACAUUCUUCUUUUAUCCAGUUUUAAUUGGUUUCUUACCUAUUGUCAUAGCAUCAUUAUUUAGUAUAUUAGCUUAUCAUAAUGUUCGUCAUAUAGUUCGACGACAACUUCCAAUUGUUCGUCGUAAAUUAGACAAACAAAUAACAGCAAUGGUUCUUAUGCGUGUAAUUGCUUUUGUUUGUUCUGCAUCACCUUUUAAUGCUUAUCGUAUCUAUACCAUUAAUUUUCCUACAUCACAAAGUAUGCCUAUGGCAUAUGCAGUUGGUAGAUUGAUUCAAGCAAUUUUUGCUUCUAUUAGCAUUAUAAAUAAUAUUAUCAGCUUUUAUAUUUUUAUAAUAUUCUCAUCACGUUUUCGUCGUCAAGUGAAAUUUGUGUUAGUAAAAAAAUGUUGGCAUCGAUGGAAAUAUUGGUGUUGUCACAUAAAUAAUCAAAUUGAGCCUGACAACAAUAUUGAAGCACGUAAUUCACAAAUGGAAUCUGAGGAAAAUAUUUAA